UUAAGGUCAGACAUCUUGUGCUGCUGAACUUUUCAGCUGAAUCAACGGCAGUGUCCUGUUUCACAGACGUUAUCCUGACAGAUAAAAGGACGGCCAUGUAUGCAGUUGUUACUCUGCAAGACUCAGAUGAGGUGAUGGUGGCACCAUCAAACUGGUUGAGUGAAGACAAGAAACAAUGUUACUGGCCCCCAUUCAAAUCAAAGGAGAAGUACUUGAAAGCAGUUAUGACCGGUCUUGAGCCUUCAACAGGAGGGAAACCAUGGGAGAAAUUAGCUGUUCUGUUUCACGUAGAAUAUGGCACUUACGAGCAGGCCAAGGAAAAGCAAGCAGCAAUGAGAGAGAAAGAACAAACUGUCACACAAAAAAAUCAAGUAAUAGAAACAUCUCAACUAUCUCCAUUGCCAUCACAAUCUGCUCUGUCUGGAAUUUCUUCUCAUGGCAUUUUGGUGAACAGCGUCCACCCCACAAUGGUCAGCCAAGGUUGUAAAAGAAAAUGUCCACAGCCAGAUUCAGCAGGAAAACCAUCUAAUAAACUGAACACAGAUAUGUUCAUAUUGAAGAGUGUGAAACAGAUCAUGGCACAAGUUAAAAUUAGAAUUCAAAACAUUAACAGCACAGACCAAACAACAAAUGAACAAAAAAACAACAUUUUAGAUGCCAUUGCAAAAAUGGACAAAGACAAAAGAAGAAAGGAAACCAUUGGUGUUUUUGGAAAGACGGGACAAGGAAAAAGCUCCCUAUUAAAUGCAAUCUUGGGAUUACAUUAUUUACUGCCAUCUGGUUGUUUUGGUGCCUGCACAUCUGUUGUUACUCAGGUGGAAGCCAAUCUGACUGAUUCCAACUAUGCAGCAGAGAUCGAACUUAUCUCUAAAGAGGAGUGGGAAAAUGAGAUGUCUUCAACAGACAACAGAACUGAAACUGUUAUAGAAAGAAUCACUGCACUGUAUGGAGCUGAUGCAGAUAAGAAAACAUUGGAAGAACUUAAGAACAGUGACAAAUAUGCUGAAAUUGAUAAUUUUUUGUCUGCCACGAAAAAAACAAUUUCACACACUAAAGUCACACAGGAAUUUUCCAGUGAUGUUGCACGUUACAUACAACACACUGACUGGUACUGGCCUCUUGUGAAGAGCGUGACGAUCAAGAUUCCAAACUGUCGUGAACUCCUGGAACACAUUGUGCUUCUUGAUAUUCCUGGGACUGGAGACUGUAACAAGAUUAGAGAUGACCUGUGGAAAUCUAAACUGAGACAGUGCUCUACUGUGUGGAUUGCAAGCAAUAUCAAUCGAGCAAUUGAUGACAGAGACCCCUGGGGGAUACUACAGCACUGCAUUCAAGACUUGGGACCAGGAGGAGAGUGCAGAAACAUAAACUUCAUUUGUACAAAGACAGAUGACAUUGAUCCGGACGAAUAUCUAAGAUUUGUAUGCCACUCUGGAGAACAAAUUUCUUUAGACAAGAACCCAAAAACAGGGUGCAUAAUUCAUAGGAACAACCGUGCAAAGAAAAUUGUGAAAGAGUUGUUUGAAAAUUAUGAUAUCAUGAAAUCAAAAGCCAGAUUCAUCACUGAUGUUUUCACUGUCAGCUCCAGGGCAUACCUGGAUAAAAAUCCACAUCUGGAACCUACUGAAACAGAAAUUCCAAAGCUGCAGGAUAUUCUGAAGAGCACUAACAGGAGAAUUAACCGAGAACUGACCAGAGAUUAUGUCAAUCAAGCAAAGGGAGUUUUGUCCUUCAUACAAAGCAUCCAACUAGAUACAGAUGAACAAAUGGCGGAGAAAAAAGCUGAAGUCUAUACAAAGUUGCAGAAGAACCUUGCAAAGGCACUGAAGAAGUUGGAUUGUCAGUUUGACUCACUUUAUAAGAUUUUGGAUCAAUGUCUCUCAAAAGGAGUGGAGAAAUCAGUGGAACAGUGUGUUGACACCAAAAACUCCAUGAUUGAAUCUGUUGCACCUAAUGAUAAGAGGGGAUUCCAUAAAACCCUUCAAGCAUUGUACAAGAACAAAGGAUACUAUUGGCCAAAAAACUGGGAUGCACCCUUAGAUCUGAACAUGUGCUUGGCUAAACACAUGCAUGACAACAUCGAUGAUGAGUUUAAUUUAAUUUUUCCUGUUGAUGCCAGUAACAAAACAGGAAUAUCAGUGCAAGAACAGAUCGAUAAGUUCAGUAUCAUCCAAAGUGACACUGCUUACUCACCAUCUUCCAUGCUAUACCACAUGGAAAACGUCAUCAAAACAGAGGAAACCAAAGUGAAGGCAUUGCUCAAAAGAGAAGUUGUUGAUAGAAAGAAGAAAAUCUAUUCAUCAAUCCAAACAACAAUUCAGAAUCAAAUGACUGCUGGCUAUGAACAAGCUGCAAAUUUAAGAGGAGAUAAAGCCAUGGAGAAGAGGGAGAAAAAAAUAACGGACACAAUUGAACUGUUAAAAUACAGCAUGUUCAAAGAUGCAAAACUGGAAGUUCUGAAGCAGUUCAAGGAUUUAAAGGAGCAUAUAUGCAAGACCCUUGAAUCUGUGCUAACGAGAUCAGUGGAACGCUCACUUUCACAAACCAGCAGAACCACCCUUAUGGAUGUCUCCAGAGAGAUUGAAAAGCUGGAGAGACUGUCAAGGGAGCUAUCUGACUGAGGACAAGAGAAACAGCAUCUCUGCAUUUUUUUAGUAAAAGUUAUUUUUAGGAUAAAUGUUUUUGUAUUAUCAAGCAUGCUUAAAGCUCUGUUAUGCUGAUUUAUUUGUAUUUACUUUUUUCCAAUCCUUUAAAUUGUUGGACCACACUUCAACUUUGUUGCUAAUCACAUAAGAAAAACUAUUUUGAGUGUAUUUGUAGACUAUUGCUGUUAUAAGGAAAAUAAUUAAACACAGGCUAAAGUAGAAUAUUAAAAUGAUAUUAUGUUACUUCAUAUGAAUUGUAACUUGCUUGUAGUUCACUGAUUAUGAUUACGUUUAAAUUCUAAACACACUGAGAACCAGUAAAGGGUAAAGUAAGGGAUCAUUUAUUUUGUAUAUAGACCAUUUCAGGUUGUCCAAAUUCAACUAGAUAAAGGAACACUCCACUUUUUUUGAAAAUAUGCUCAUUUUCCAACUCCCCCAGAGUUAAACAGUUGAGUUUUACCAUUUUCAAAUCCAUUUAGCCGAGCUCCAGGUCUGGCGGUAGCACCUUUAGCAUAGCUUAGCAUAGAUCAUUUAAUCUGAUUAGACCGUUAGCAUCUCGCUCAAUAUUUUUCCUAUUUAAAACUUGGCUCUUCUGUAGUUACAUCGUAUAUUAAGACUGAAGGAAAAUGAAAAGUUGUGAUUUUCUAGGCUGAUAUAGCUAGGAACUAUACUCUCAUUCCGGCGUAAUAAUCAAGGAACUUUGCUGCCGUACCACGGGUGCAGCAGGUUCAAUGAUAUUAUGCAGCACCUGAAAGUGACUGGCACUAAGUUUGUGUGGAUGCAGAGUUGCAGCUGGCAGAGUUGAGGGCUGCGUAAUAUCAUUGCGCCUCCGUCUUUGUACACUAUGUAACUACAGAAGAGUCAAUUUUUAAAUAGGAAAAAUAUCGAAACUUUUUGGUCAUUUUUGAGCAAGAUGCUAACGGUCUAA